UGGUGGAUAAGCUAGACAAUAUGAAGAAAAACUCCCUUGGUAAUGGGACGACUCAAUGUAUCCUCUGUGGGGAUGAGUUUGGUCUCUUAGGAGCUUCACCUAUGACCUGCUACGAUUGUUACAAGGCUGUAUGUUCCAAAUGUGGUGUAGACACAACCAACAGCAUUAAACAACCCAUCAUGCUUUGCAAAAUUUGUAGCGAGACAAGAGAGUUAUGGAAGCGAUCGGGAGCUUGGUUCUUCAAAGCUCUACCAAAGUACACAGUCCCUGAGAAGAAAUCUGACAUGCAUCAUAGAUACCCUGGUAGCUUUAGAAGAAACGAAGCCACGCCCAUCAGGAGAAGGCGAGCUGACAGCGAGAGCUCAGACGCUUCUAGUUCUGAUGAUGACGUCAGUCUAGGCCGUAAGAGGAGAACCAAACGAGAUGGAGAUCAAGACGACACAAGCAUAUCCAGUAGCGGACUGAGCAGCGCAAACCUUCUAGGAGGGGGAUCGAAGAGUGAUUACCCUGGUACCAUCUAUUCAUCCAAUCACAUGGCUGGUAGCAGGACGAGUAUCGGCAGUGGGGGAUGGUAUGGAAGUGCAAAUGAUAGCAGCGUGGGUGACGGCGGACAUGAUGAUUCAGACAGUGAGAGAAGUACUCCUGGAGCUACUCUUGGAAAGGACAAGCUUUCUCGUACCAGCUCCACCCGCUCCACCGGUGGAGGCUCCUCCACCCCCUACCAGACCUCCACCUCCCGAGGCUCCAGGUACGACAGCAACCCAAGGCACUCCCUCGGUGACGCCGACGAUGACAUGGACCGCGCCUUUAGCCAGUAUGGAGGGGUGGCAGCCGGUGAUGGGGACAAUGGUUAUACCGGCGGUGGAGGUGCAGGGGGACAGUAUGCCGGUCACUAUGGGGGCUCUGGCGGUGGAGGGUAUGGUAACGGUGGUAAGGGGGGCUUGCAGGUGGCUGGUGGCAUUAUGAUGAGCGGUGGUGGUGGUGGUGGUAGCGGCAGCGAGGGGAACGGUUACGACCCUCAGGAGUAUGUCGGGGAUGCUAUGGAUAGCUCGCCUGAUGAAGGAAGUUCACUCGGGACCCUUGAGUUCUCUGUUCUUUAUGAUGGAAUUAACAAUGCACUCCAUUGCACCGUCACCAAGGCUCGUGGUCUCAAAGCCAUGGAUUCUAAUGGCCUAUCAGAUCCCUACGUCAAGUUACAUUUGUUGCCUGGGGCAACCAAGUCUACAAAGCUACGUACGAAGACUGUUGCCAAAACCCUGAAUCCAGACUUCAACGAGACACUGACCUACUACGGGGUCACCGAGGAUGACCUCUCAAGAAAAAUCCUUAGGUUAUCAGUAUUGGACGAAGAUAGAUUUGGCCACAAUGAUUUUAUCGGAGAAUACAGGCUACCACUUAGAAAGCUCACACCAUACCAAACCAAGUCACUCAGCGUUUAUCUUGAAAAACCUCUUCCAUUGGAGAAGGAUGAUGAAUUAGCUGGAGAGCGUGGUAAGCUGAUGGUUGGUCUGAAAUACGUCAGCACUAGACAGACUCUUGUAGUCAGCAUUAUCAGAGGGGCGGGGCUAGCAGCCAUGGACUCAAAUGGUUACUCAGAUCCUUAUGUCAAAGUAUACCUAAAACCAGAUGCAGGAAAAAGAACAAAACACAAGACAGCAGUCAAGAAGAGGACACUCAAUCCUGAAUUCAAUGAGGAAUUUUACUAUGAAGUGAAGCACAAUGAGUUAGCUAAGAAGACACUAGAGAUCACUGUGUGGGAUAAAGACAUUGCCAAGGCUAAUGAUUACAUAGGUGGCGUACAGCUUGGAAUCAACAGUAAGGGUGAGCGUCUACGGCAUUGGUUUGAGACUCUUAAAGGAAUCGACAAGAAAUACGAGAGAUGGCACACUCUUUCUGAUGAGAUCUUCGGAGAGGAAUAAGAUAUCUGAAUUAUUUAGUAGAUAAAUGUAUGUUUGUAAUGAAGUAUGUAGAUGUAUUUUGAGAUAAAACAGCGAUCUACAGUAGAUGUUGAUGUAGUAUAGUACAGGUGAAAUGAUAGUCAUGAGUUGCUGAUGUGUAGAUGAAUCAUGCACACAAAA